AACACUCCCUUCGUGUAUCACGAAUAAACUUCCGCCACCGAAUAGCAAGCUGCGAAUAAGUAACCAAGCCCAACAACGCGAGUCAACCUCCUGGAGUGUUGCUCAAGGAGACCGUUCACGAAGAGACACACGCAGUCAGAAAGGAUUCCUUGUCCUGACUUUUCCUGCGAUGGGAACCGAUAAUAAGGGGUGACGUGUGAUUACACCUCUCAUGCCAGGUGAUCAGGUGUAGGGCGGCAGUUGCGUGGGAGCCUGGUAAGCCCUUGUGCGUGGAGGAGGUGGAGGUAGCCCCACCCAAGGCUCACGAAGUGCGGCUUAAGGUGGAGGCGAGUGGGGUUUGCCACACGGACUGGUCGUACCUGUAUGAGUGCGGCAAGGGAAUGAAGCCACGCCCCUAUCCGCUCGUGUUGGGUCAUGAGGGGGCCGGUGUGGUCGAGAGUGUUGGCCCUGGCGUCACUGCGUUCUCCCCUGGAGAUAAGGUAAUACCCUUAUUCCUGCCCCAGUGUGGAGAAUGUGAGUGCUGUCUGAGCCCAAAGACAAACCUGUGCCUAAAGAACUGGGAAAAUACCCAGCAAGGUGUAUUAGCAGAUGGCACGAGCAGGAUCUCCUGUAGGGGGCAGCAGAUCUACCAGUUUAUAGGUGUGAGCACCUUCAGCGAGUACACAGUGGUCCCUGAGCACAACGUCACCAAGAUCCGGCCAGACGCGCCACUCGACAGGGUCUGCCUGCUAGGCUGUGGCGUGGCUACAGGAUAUGGAGCGGCACUAAACUCAGGCAAAGUGGAGGCUGGCUCCACUUGUGCCGUGUUCGGCCUGGGAGCCGUGGGCCUCGCGGCCGUCAUGGGCUGCAAAGCUGCGGGGGCCGCCAGGAUCAUCGGCAUCGACAUCAACCCAGAAAAAAGCCACGUCGCCAAGACACUUGGGGCUACGGAGUUCGUGAACCCCAGGGAGCAGAGCAGACCCAUACAGGAGGUGCUGGUAGAGAUGACGGGUGGAGGAGUGGACUACGCGAUCGAGUGUGUUGGGGUCACAGCUGUCAUGAGGGCAGCACUGGAGUCAUGCAGAGCUGCGUGGGGCACCUGUGUCAUAGUGGGUUGGACAGAGUUAGGAGAGUUCUCCCUGGCACCAAUCGACAUCCUCCUGGGAAGAACCCUGAAGGGCACUUACUUUGGCGGUUGGCAGAGUGUGACGGGCGUGCCCAAGCUGGUGGAGGAUUACAUGAGUGGCCGUCUGCAGCUGGACGAGUUUGUGACGCACACCCUGGACCUGGAGCAGAUUAAUCAGGCCUUUGACCUGCUGGCCAGUGGCAAGAGUAUCCGGACGGUGAUAAAGAUGUGAGCCGGCGACAGAGGCAUGUUUGCCUCAAAAGCUGCGGGCUGAAACCGCCGCUAUCGAUGUGCUGUGUCAAAUCCCCAUUCUUCAGCCGAAACAACCUCAUCGGUCGCCAUGACGACAGCACGCAUUGCCAUGACAACAGCAUUUGUUCCAUCGGUUCCAGGAAAACAUCCCUAAUUAAUAAAGAAAUAAAGAAAGCCGAUGCAGCCUGCCUCUCACCUGUUUGUAAUGUUCAGUAAUGUAUGCUGUCUGGAAGGCUUUUCAUAAAGCAGGUUUUCUUAAACCAGAAGUGUGGAUUGACCAAUAGGGACUUCCCAUAUAUCUUCAACAGUUUUGAUGUUUGUCUUAAGUUAUCUGGCUCUGUAAGAAAUCCUGCUUUGUCAGAUCAGAGUUAUGCUGAGUUUGUUAUGGAUUUGAAAUGUGGUUUGGAAUAAAAUACAAAUGUGUCAAA